GCGGCAUGGCAGCUGCGCGGGCGAGCGGCGGAGGCGACGACAAGCUGGUGCAGCUGGUGAGGAGACACCCGGCCAUCUACGACGCCGAGUGCAGGCAGUGCAAGGCCCCGCGCGCCAAGGAGGACUCCUGGCGGGCCGUGGCCGAGGGCGCCGGCCGCAGCGUGGAAGAAUGCAAAAAGAGAUGGCGAGACAUAAGGGACCAUUACUUCAAAAUCAAAAGAAAGAUGAAAAUCGGACCAUUGUCUUCCUGCAGACAGCCGAAAUGGAAUCUCUUUGAGUCGUUGACCUUUUUGGAUGGUUUGAGGAAGGAACGAAGGUCCCGGCCACAGCCUCCGGCGGACCGCGGCGAGUGCGAGCACACGGACUCCGGGGAGGACUUUACGGACGAGGACCAGCGCACGGACUUGUUCUCGCAGCAGCCCGCGGGGCACGAGGAGCCGUCCACGCCUCGCGGGCGGGCGAGGUCCCUGCCCUCGGACCCCCGUCGCUCCAAGAUGCCGCGCCUCGGCGCCAGGAGGCCGCGGCCCUUCUGCACCGUCGUCAGCGAGUUCGAUAGAGGCCCGGCGGAGAGACCGCGGCUGGUCAGGACCGUCAGCUCCGAGGACGACGUCGAUGCGUUCUUCAGGAGCAUCGCGCUGACCGUCAAGAAGUUCACACCGGGGGUGAUAGGCGCCGCCAAGCUGAAAGUGCUGACUUUUAUUAACGAACUGGAACAAUCCGCGCAAUACAUGUCCCGUUCCCCGUCGCCUGCCUGACCCCGCGGAGCGUAUUCCACAACGAAGAAGCCGCUCCUGGCUGGUGUUAUUUGCGGCCCUGUCACGCAGUCAAAUAUUUCGCUUCCAACAUCUUUCAAAAUGUUGUGUUCAAAUUUGAAGGGUUGUGACGUCAUCGAAAACGUCACUAGUGCAGUCAUGUUUGUUUGACAAGGUGGAUGACCUGAGUUUCCAUCAAUUAUGUUUCAUGUAGGACAGGUUCUAAAAUAUGUUUGAUGCUGGAUGAUACCAUCCAAUCAAAAUGGUGUCUAUCGGAAACGAAAACGAAAUCCGUUUCCGUCAAACGAAUCUUUAAAAUAGCGAAGAACACAUUGGUGAUUAAAGAUGCUAUGAAAGUGAAAUAACUAAAAUCUAACAUUAGAGUCGUAUGCGAAAUAAUUUUAUGUGUAAAGAUGAAACUAUAUUUCUAUAAUUUAAAAAAUCAUUGAAAAUUUAUUCAUAUAAUUAACAAAUAUUAUUGUGAGUUAAAUUUUUUAUAUUUUAAAAAAAAUAUAAAAGCACAAGUAUCAUGACAUUUUGUAAAAUUCCAUUCAGCACUGUGAGUGUUAUUUGAUUUCAAAAUGAGAUUAAAAUUGGAAAAUUUGAGAUAGCUCAGACCAAAAAUAAAUUUUAGUAUUGUGACAUUAUUUAAAACAUAUUUGAGGUUAAUUGUCUAAAUUUAUUUGAUGGAGAAAAGAAGAAGCCAAUUUUUUGUCCAAUACUACCCCUCAAACUCUAUUGUCAAAUAUAGAAGGAGGCAAAUUUUUGACAGUGUCACAGGGCCUUUAGUUCUUCUUUUGAGUGAUUUCCAGUUGUUGCUCUGAAACUAUAGGUCUUCAUAUUCCUGAAUAGGUUCUGUAGUAUCGAUUGUUAAAUCAUAAAGAAUAUCCCAUGCUAUGUAUAAAGAAAAUAAAUGUUUCAAAAAUAA